AUGAACAGCAGUCUCUAUGUUAUUCCUGUUGGCGCCACGAUACUCGUGACCGGCGCUAACGGCUACAUUGCCUCGCAUGUCUGCAAUAUUCUGCUCUCCAUGGGGUAUCGAGUUCGAGGCACCCUUCGCUCUCCAAAGCCCUGGUUAACCGCCUUCUUCGACGCCAAGUAUGGGACUGGCCGUUUUGAGUCUUUUAUCCUUCCAGACCUGACACAGCGGGGGGCAUGGCAGGUCGCCGUCGAGGGGGUCCAGGGAAUCGCGCAUGUGGCUUCCGACAUGUCAAUGAAACCCAACCCCGAACAGGUCGUGCCCCAGAUGGUGCAAGGAGUGCAGAAUGCGCUGAAGGCUGCAAUGCAACAGCCGCAGGUCAAGAGGGUAGUGUAUACCUCUUCGUCGACCGCGGCGUACAUCUCGGUGCCGAAUAAAGAAGGGGUGCGAAUCACACGAGAAACAUGGCAUGAUGCUUGUAUUGAUGCCGCUUGGGACAAGGACACCCCGGAGAACGAGAGGGGGUACCUGGUGUACAGUGCCUCCAAGACUUCGGCUGAAAAGGAGGCUUGGAACUGGGUGCAGCAAAACCAGCCCCAUUUUGGGUUCAACUCCAUCGUGCCUAAUACCAACUACGGGCGCAUUCUGUGUCCGGAGAUUCCUGCAACCAGCAUGACUGAGACCGCCAACCUGCUCCAUGGCAAUGACUCCGUCAUUCGCCGUUUCCCGCCCCAAUGGUUUGUGGACGUUGAGGACACCGCGAGGCUCCACGUCGUUGCUCUCCUGAGCCCGUCUGCAGUAGGAAAGCGCAUCUUCGCGUUCGCGCAGGCGUUUAACUGGACCGAUAUCCUUACCAUUCUUCAUGAGCUCCGACCAGAUAAUAUACAUCUGCCGCCUUGUCCCAAGAAUGAAGGCAGGGAUCUCAGCGAGAUCGAAGACGCUCCAGAGGCAGAGGCAUUAAUGAAUGAGUUCUUCGGUACCAAGGGCUGGGUUAGCUUGAAAGAAAGUCUUGCGGCUGGCCUAGAAGGGUAUUGGUAG